UUCUGAAUCGUCGUGUCAUCCGUCGGAAAAACCCCGAACUAACAUCAGCGUUCAAUGGUAAUUAGGAAGAGUAAAGGCCGCCGGCUGACCUACUAGUAGUAGCGGAAGUGGGUCGCGCGGCCAGCCGCCGGAGAAAGUGAUAGAUGGCGGGGCCAGUACUAUUUUUAGAACACAAGAGGAAGAAGACGAGCCACGUGCAGCGAAAAAGCCAAGACGCGACAGGUGUCCUGUACUUUCACCGCCAUUACGAAAAUUGAUACUUUUUCGCCGGUACUAUAGUCCGUCGUUACAAUUUAAUUUUCAUUUUUGUUGUAGUUGAGUUAGUUGUUGGAGUUCUUUUUUUGAGUUGCCGAAUAGUGUAUAGUGUUGAGAGGUGGAGCGUGAAGCUCAAAACUAUUAAAACAAUAAAUUGUGAGUAAUUUGGAUUGUUGUGUGUGUGGAUUUCUGACUUCCCCUUUCUCCUCCUAAAUUCUGGAUUAAGCCGACUCUCCGAGGAGAUAAUCGCCGAUAAGCCGAAUCACGGGGACACAAGGAAGCCAGAGAGUGAUCAUCGUGGAUCGAAGGAGAGUAGUGGAGCCGAAAGAACGAGUCAGGAGAGAGAAAGAACGAAGAGCCAUGCCUUACCCUAGAAUUGGAAGUAGAAGUAGAGGUGGGCGUCAACCGAGAACUCCAGGAAGGGAGAGACACCGGAUGGAAGGGAGAGGGCAACCCCAACCGAGGCACCGUCCAUUCCCUGAAUUCGGAUUAGGAGAUGUCGAAACUGAGGCCCCCUCAUACCUAUCUUUCCCAAUCACGGAGAGAGUUCUCCAAGACCCAUUAAGAGUUCGUCGUACGUUACCGGAAGAAGAGACAAGAAGACCAGUUGAAGAAACCGAAAACGUCACUGAAGAAGAGGAAGGUGCCGUUGGUGGAGCAAUCGAGCCAAUACUGAAUCCAGAGGACUGGGAAGACCUAAGUGUCCUAGAGGAGAUUCGAAAAACCCCGAAAGCCAACAUACGGCCAGAUGGAGCCGAAGUCGUAGUACCCUAUCGCUGGCCAGCCGACCGUGGACCAAACGAGAGCGAGGAAUCUUACGAGAGCCGAUUAGCCGAAUACGAACUUGAUAAGUUCUUACGCCUGCAAGAGCCCCUAACGUCGGUAGCCCUGGAGAAAAUUAGAGCAAAACAACGCCGUGAAAUGCAGAAGAGGAAGGGCAGGAUACUGUGCGUAGAAGAUUUGGAGAGCCAGGAGCCAACCCCUAGACAAAGACGUUCUCACUCGCCUCACCCCGGGCCACCGAACAAGCCGAAUGAAGAACGAAGAACAAUGUCCAAAGGAAUAGCCCCAGCCGAAUCAAAAACCAGAACUGCCGAAACAUCCUAUAAGCCACGCCUAAGAGGGAUAAUAUUCGGAGGGCUAGAAGCGAUUCCUACGGUGGAAGGUCUGGACCCUCCACCGUACUGUUGCUUCAAUUGCUGGAGGAGAGGCCACCGGGCUACUGAUUGUGGGUACCCGAUCCUACAUCAGUACUGCCAAAAUUGCGGUCGACGAAAUGUCCUAGUUAUGAAAUGCCCAAGAUGUGCAAAAGCAUACCUUAGUUUCACUGGAAAAAUCCACCUCGUCUCUGUGGAAACGGAGGAGUGCGAGACGGAGGAAGCAGUGUCAAACAUGGAGGAAGCAGUGUCAACAUUGGAGGAAGUAAUGUCAAACACGGAGGAAGUGUUGUCUAGCACAGAGGAAACUCAAGACGAGACGAGGGCAUCGACGGAGACCCCAACAAUGAACGAAGAGACAGGUGAAACUGCAGAGGAGUCAUCCGGGCCAAAGAAGUGCACUGAGAGGGUAGAAACGAACGAAGAAGAAGAAGACGAUGACUUAGUAGAGAAGAUUAUCAAGCUCACUAAAAUCUUUGAAGGGUUGCCAGUUUCAACACUAGACCUGGCAAUCCGUCAAUUAUUGGAAGAGCGAAAACAGAGGAAGAAACCGAAAGAAUAGUAGAAAAGAGAAGAGCCGAACUAAAGAAAGGAGUAAAGCCGAACGAGAAGAAAGGAGUAGAGCCGAACUAAAGAAAGGAGUAAAGCCGAACUAGAGAAAGGAGAAGAGCCGAACGAGAAGGAAGGAGUAGAGCCAAACGAGAAGGAAGGAGGAGAGCCGAACGAGAGAAGAUAAGAACUGAACAAACUAAUAUAGAGCCGGACAAAUUUAUAAGGCCAGUCUUCGAGAUCAUCAUAUGAUGACGGUCCUAUAUGAAAUAGUACCGGUCAUGGGGAGGGGAUUGUGACGAAGUGAAUUUUCGUUGUGUCAUUAAAUUGUCGAAAAUUCUGAAUCGUCGUGUCAUCCGUCGGAAAAACCCCGAACUAACAUCAGCGUUCAAUGGUAAUUAGGAAGAGUAAAGGCCGCCGGCUGACCUACUAGUAGUAGCGGAAGUGGGUCGCGCGGCCAGCCGCCGGAGAAAGUGAUAGAUGGCGGGGCCAGUACUAUUUUUAGAACACAAGAGGAAGAAGACGAGCCACGUGCAGCGAAAAAGCCAAGACGCGACAGGUGUCCUGUACUUUCACCGCCAUUACGAAAAUUGAUACUUUUUCGCCGGUACUAUAGUCCGUCGUUACAAUUUAAUUUUCAUUUUUGUUGUAGUUGAGUUAGUUGUUGGAGUUCUUUUUUUGAGUUGCCGAAUAGUGUCUAGUGUUGAGAGGUGGAGCGUGAAGCUCAAAACUAUUAAAACAAUAAAUUGUGAGUAAUUUGGAUUGUUGUGUGUGUGGAUUUCUGACUUCCCCUUUCUCCUCCUAAAUUCUGGAUUAAGCCGACUCUCCGAGGAGAUAAUCGCCGAUAAGCCGAAUCACGGGGACACAAGGAAGCCAGAGAGUGAUCAUCGUGGGUAAGUCGUUUUGCCGAUAUUGUGCCAGUCGUGUCUCGCCGUUGGCAUUUUCUGCUUGCCAAUCGUU